CCAGAGGUGUGGUGUAUGUGUGUUGGCGCUGCUGUAAGUGGCCCUGUGUGUGUGUGUAUAGUCAUUAGUAUUCUGGUCACAGCCCCUUCUGAUUCACAGACUUGGGAGCUGAUCAGGAAUAUAAGCGAACACUUUGACGUCAGAGCUGAGAUUUUUCAGCAGACCCAAUGGGGCAAGAAUAUUAAGUGCAAGUCAAAGGCAGCUAUCUGCCAGCAUUAUUAGUAAUGUUAACCAAGGAAUGAGACUUAACAAGGACUGCAAGGACUAGCACAAAGGGACCGAGCUGGAGACAGAGGAUCUGAGAAAGCAUAUAGCAAUGCUUCACCAGCCUGCAGUCUCCAUUAUGGAUCACCUGCUGCAUCUCCACAAUGAUUCUUCUGGCAGGAUUUUCCACCACCAACACGACCCUUGGGACACAAACUCUUCCACUGUCACCACAUCUGACCUUUCCCCUGAUGAGUCCGUCAAUCCUUGGGACAUCAUACUCUGUGUGACAGGCACAGUCAUGGCUUGCGAGAAUGCCAUAGUCAUUGCUAUUCUCUUCUAUACACCCUCUCUGCGUGCCCCUAUGUUCAUACUUAUUGGCAGCCUGGCACUGGCUGAUCUUCUGGCUGGCCUGGGGCUCAUUGUGAAUUUUAUAGUGAUUUAUGUGUUUAACAGUGAACUGGCCACCCUAAGCUCUGCUGGACUACUGCUAGCUGCUUUCUCGGCCUCUGUGUGCAGCCUGUUGGCCAUUACCUUGGAUAGAUAUCUGUCUCUCUACAAUGCCCUCACCUACCACACAGAUAGGACUUUGACCUUCACGUAUACAAUGUUGAUCUUACUCUGGGCCUUAUGUAUCUGCAUUGGUCUGUUACCCAUCAUGGGGUGGAACUGUUUCAGGGAACAAUCAUCCUGCAGCGUCCUGAGGCCAGUCACCAAGAACAAUGCAGCGGUGCUGGCGGUCUCAUUCCUCUUGCUUUUUGCAUUGAUGAUGCAGCUGUACCUGCAGAUCUGCAGGAUCGCUUUCCGACAUGCCCAACAGAUUGCCGUGCAACACCAAUUCAUGGCCACGUCCCAAGCUUCCAGUACCAGGAAGGGGGUUUCAACGUUGUCCCUUAUACUGGGCACCUUUGCACUUUGUUGGAUUCCAUUUGCUGUUUAUUCGCUGGUAGCAGAUUCAAGUUAUCCCAUGAUAUACACCUACUGUAUGGUGCUGCCGGCGGCUUGUAAUUCUGUUAUCAACCCCAUCAUAUAUGCCUUCAGGAACCCUGAUAUUCAGAAGUCACUGUGGCUGGCUUGUUGCGGCUGUUUACCACCCAGAUUCUUGUCUGGGCCCAGAACUUCCAGUGACGUAUAAGAUUCCGGGACUGUAUGUUUGGAGAGGGACUUGUGACUUGCCAAGUUGGGAGGGGUGGGAAUA